AUGAUUCCCUUCACUGAAAUACAAACAUCCUUAAACAGACUUACUCUACCAGUAAACCUGCGUGUUUACUUGGAGGAUAAUGAGAUUGAAAUAAGAAACGCAAGUCCAUCACCCCCUUUACCAAUGGCUGCGUUGGAUUUUAAUUAUUUUGAGUGGCAACUACCAUUCAAUCCGAGGCUGUCACCUACACCUCUGAGUGUUGACUAUGAGGGAGAGGGGAAUGAGGAGUAUGUUAAUGAGGAACCUCAACCUCUAGACCUCAGAAUUAUCAAUGUUGAUGAUGAUAAUGAUGAUGAUGAGGAGGAGCAGGUAAUCAAUGUUGAUAGUGAUGAUGAUGAUGAUGAUGAUAAGGAGAUGGAGGUGAUAAUUAUUGAUGAUACUGAUGAAAACGAGAUCAACGUGAUAAAUGUUGUUAAUAAUGAUGAAAAGCCUCUUGAUCUAAGAUCUAUAAGAAAAAAGUAUUUGGCUUUAAAGCUGGAGAGAAAAGAGGAAGAUGAGGCACUUGAUAGGAUAAUAAACCCUAUAACUGAACCUCUAAGAGAGUUUGUUGAGAAAACGGUUGGCAGAAAAGUCCAAGUUAAACAUGAAAAAGUUAAGCUCGAAGCUCCUAAAACGUAUUUUGAAUCUGAACCGAAACUUCCUAGAAAUGUAGAGUUCCAACCAGCAGAGAUUAUUGCUCAAACGAGUGAGAAUUUAGAAAGUGAUGAUGAUGAUGAUGAUGAUGAUGGCGCUGAGGAUGUCUUUUAUGAACCCUUACAACAUUUGAAAGAAGAUCUGCAGAAAUCAAUUCACGAUAGAUCAGGAGCGUAUGAAGAAUUUUUAGAUCAGUAUCCCAAAGUAGCACAAGAGUAUGUAGAUAGAUACUAUAAACAAUCAGAUGAAAUAGACCAUUCUUAUGGCUUGAAACAUGAUAUGAAAACCGAUGAUUGGUCUAUGGGAUCAAAAAAAGUCAACUUUCUCCCGAAUAGAGAUAUUAAAGUCGGGGCUGUAUCUUAUAAAGGAACGCAGGGCUUAUAUGAUCUUUUAUUUCUGAAAAAGCCGAUCUAUCAGACAGAGGAUGAUAAGUUGCAGUUUACGGAUAUUCUAAACAGGACCAAUGUUCAUCGAAGAGAUUUUGAUCCAUCCAAACAAGUUAAAGGGUCCACAUCUUCAAAAUAUAGACAGUUUGUUAAACCUUUGGUCUCAUCAUCAUCUGAAGCAAAAAGGCUUAAAUCAAUGAUGACGUCGGCGUCGUGGCGAGCUGAAAGCGGCGGCGGCGGCGGCGGCGACGGUUUCUACGGUGAAGGCUUACCUUGGCUGCUGCUCGGUCUGCUGGCUGGUGCUGGCUGGUCGGUCGGUAGCGGUGGACGGAAUCCCAAUUCCUCGGCGCGCUUCGCAAUUUAUGAGCCCGGCGCCGCAUGGCUUUCGCGGUGGGGAAGGCUGCCUGACUGA